AUCUCGAAAACCAGAACCAUAUAUCAAAACCACAUAAGUCAAAUGCUUUGCUUGUCACAAGGUGGUAACCUAUGAUAUGGAUGCCACGGGAACUGGACUGAAGAAUGCCAAGAAUGGUACAAAACCAAAACUUUCAAGAAAACGAGGAUCUGACGAACAUCCAAUCUCUACAGAAUACUAUGAUUUACUUGGUGUAGCAAGUUCUGCCUCCCAAGAUGAUAUCAAGAAAGCAUAUCGUAAAAAGGCCAUUCGUUUCCAUCCUGACAAGAAUCCAAACGAUCCAACAGCCGAAGACAAAUUCAAGAAAAUAUCCGAAGCAUACCAAGUAUUAUCAGAUCCUAAACUUCGAAAACGUUAUAACGAAUUUGGUGAAGAAAAUGGUGUCAAACCUGAUGGUGGUUUUGUGGAUCCUGAAGAAUUUUUCAAACAAUCGUUUGGUGGAGAUCGAUUUAUUGAUAUUAUUGGGGAAAUCUCGAUUGGAAAAGAUAUGCGUGAAGCAUUGGAAACUGCGGAAACUGAAGGGGAACAAGAUGAUACUACGACGUUGACAGCCGAAGAAAAAGCGGAACGUGAAGCUCAAAAGGAAAAAUCUGAACAGGAACGGGCAGAAACAAGGGCGAAGCGAGUAGACACUUUGGCUGAAAAACUGAUCAACAAACUCAGCCUGUAUACAGAACUACCAGAUACCUCGGAAUCAUCAGUGCAAGCCUUCAAGAGCAUUGUUCAGAUCGAAGCUGAAGAACUGAAAACGGAAAAUUAUGGUGUGGAACUUUUGCAUGCUAUUGGAUAUACUUAUAUGGCCAAGGCAAAUCAAUAUCUAGGAAAGAAUAUCGCUUUUGGUUUGGGUGGUAUGUUCCAUAGUGUCAAGGAAAAGGGUUAUAUCUUUAGUGAAACAGUGGGUACUCUUCGAACCGCAUUAGAUCUACAAUCAAGCUUUAGUGAACUUCAAAAGGCUGAAGAAAAAGGAUUAACUGAAGAACAACGACAAAAAUUGGAAGAAGAAGCAGCAGCCAAGGGAUUACAAGCAAUUUGGCGUGGAUCAAAACUGGAAGUAGAAAGUGUAUUACGUGAUGUAUGUGAUAAAGUAUUGGGUGAUCCUACCGCUUCUAGAGAAACUCGCAAGCAACGUGCCAUUGGAUUACGGAUGAUUGGAACUAUAUAUCAAAAGGUCAAAGCUGACGAAUCUCCUGAAAUCUCCUUGGGCAAAGAAAAUGUGAAUCCAAAUCAUCAUUAGGUUAUUUUAUCUUACAUGCAUAUAUAGUUUAUUUUUAUUCUCUAUCAUGCCUUUAUUAUUGUAUAGUAUAGUAUGAUGUGUUUUUUUUUAGUUUAGUUUAGUUUAGUUUUGAUAUCCCUUUCACCCCCCAAGUUAUAUAUAUAUAUAUUUUUCUUCU